CUGCUGUAGAACCAGCAUAUGCUGAUUCUUGGGAGCUCUAAGCACUGCUAAAUCACCGACUGGUGAAACGACUCGGCAGGUCGCACACAAUGGCUCCGUCCAAUACGGCUACGACGGCCUAUCUGCUGGGCAACCUCCACUGUCCAUCAUGUGUGACGCUCAUCAAGUCUCUGCUGCAGGAGACGUUUGGUGACAAGAUUGUUUGGGUCUCACCAAAUCUGGUGACAUCCAUUGUGACAGUCGAGCAUGAUGACCAUUCGCCGGACUUUGUACGUGCGAUAGGAAAGACACUUGAAAAUGUCGGCUUCGAGAUCUGUGGAGUUGAUACCACUGCCACUGGCGCCGAAGACCUUAACAGCACUUCGCAAGGCGAUAUGCCUGAGAGACACGGCAUUUUUGAGAGCUGGUCUAGUUUAUGGGCCCAAAAGCAGCCGGCGCCGGCGGUUGAGGCUACCAAGGCUGCGCAUCUGGAGAACUGCGAGUCGUGUCGAACUCACAGGCCACACGACGAUGAAGAUGGCGGUAGUAUCGACCAGAAACUCAAGCCAUCAUCAUCAUCAUCUACGAGCCUCCGCAAGGAUCCGCUCACCGGCACGGUACCGCUUGACGGCGUUGUCACUGGUGACGGAAACCCGCCUCCGCUAUGGCGGGCGACGAUAUCCGUUGGCGGAAUGACCUGCGCGGCUUGUGUCACCGCCAUAACAAACGAGUUACAGAAGCUCCCCUGGGUGUCAAAGGUUGCCGUCAACCUUGUGGGGAACAGCGCCACAAUCGACUUCGUGGGCCAGGAUAAAGAGAAGGACCUUGUGGAGGCGAUUGAAGAUAUUGGCUACGAUGCCGCAAUCGACCAGGUCGUUGAUAUCAAUGACAAGAAAGCCAUGUCAGACGAGCGACAAGUGGAAAUCCGCAUCGAUGGCAUAUUUUGCCCUCGUUGCCCUCAGAGGAUCAGCAAAACCCUGAGCAGCUUCGGCGCACAUGGGGUACAGAUUCUGGCGCAGCCGUCCAUGGAGCAUCCAAUUCUCAAACUGCGUUACAUCCCGAACGCGCCCAGAUUUACCAUCAGACACAUCCUCAGAAGCAUCGAGGCGACAGAUCCGUCUCUCCGCGCGAAAAUCUACCACCCGCCAACGCUUGAAGAGCGGUCGAGGGCCAUCAGGGCGAAGCAUACCCGCCAGCUGUUCUACAGACAGGUCUUGACCAUUGUUCUCGCCAUUCCGACAUUCGUUCUUGGCAUUGUCUACAUGAGCCUUGUGCCAGACUCCAACUCGACCAAGCAUUUCCUGAUGAAACCAUGGGUAUCUGGUCUAAGCCGUGUAGAGAUUAUACUCUGCCUGCUUGCUACCCCGGUGUACUUCUUUGCAGCCGACGUCUUCCAUGUGCGAGCCAUCAAGGAACUGAGGACUCUGUGGCGGCACAGCAGCCGCACACCUUUCCUGCAACGAUUUUACAGAUUCGGCAGUAUGAAUAUGCUCAUGUCCCUGGGAACGAGCAUCGCCUACUGGUCUUCCAUCGGCCAGAUGAUUGCGGCCGGAGCCGACCGCAAUCAUGCUGAAAUCCCCAACGAUCGCUUCUACUUUGACUCCGUCGUCUUCCUGACCCUCUUCCUCCUUGCUGGCCGACUCAUUGAGGCGUACAGCAAGUCCAAGGCAGGCAAUGCAGUCGAAGCCUUGGCCAAGCUGAGGCCGACCACUGCUCUGCUGAUUGAGCAGGACAAGCUGCAGGGCCAGGUCACCACGACGAUAGAUAUGGAUCAGCUGGAGCACGGAGAUGUCAUUCGGGUGCCUCACGGCUCUUCGCCGCCCGUUGAUGGCGUCAUAUUAACCGGCGAGACGACGUUUGACGAAUCGAGUCUUACGGGCGAAUCACGUCCUAUCAAAAAGGGCGAAGGAGAUGAGGUAUUUGCGGGAACUGUCAACAAGGGAGCGGCGGUAAUUGUCAAGGUCACGGGGACUUCUGGAAAGUCCAUGCUUGAUCAGAUUGUCGAAGUCGUCAGAGAAGGACAAGCCAAGCGGGCACCGAUGGAACAAGUAGCGGAUCUCAUUACGUCCUACUUCGUCCCCGUGGUGACUCUCAUAGCCAUCAUCACUUGGGCCGUCUGGAUGGCGCUCGCAUUUUCACAUGUGGUGUCAAGCGAAGAGCUGGGUUCGUCGGGUGGUGCCACAGCGUUUGCCUUUCAGUUCGCCAUUGCCGUAUUUGUUGUCGCUUGCCCGUGUGGACUCGGAUUGGCUGCCCCAACGGCCAUCUUCGUUGGGGGAGGACUCGCCGCCAAGUACGGAAUCCUGGUCAAGGGCGGCGGCGAGGCAUUUGAAAAGGCAAGCAACGUGGGCUGUGUCGUCUUUGACAAGACGGGGACACUCACAGUGGGAGGAGAGCCUCAGAUCACUGAUUCUGUUCUCUUCCCCGACAAGGCCGUCGACGGACUCGAUGAGCAGACUCUGCUCUCUGCCAUGAAAGCCACGGAGGAAAACAGCAGCCACCCCAUUGCAAAGGCCAUUGUCGCAUUUUGCAAGACGGAUGCCAAGCAAGUUGAGCUCGAAAGGAUCGAAGAGGUGCCGGGCAAGGGUAUCACGGCCAGCUGUAAGACGCAUCCUUUCGACAUUGCGGUGGGCAACGAGAGUCUGAUGCGAGAUCUGUCAGUCUUGCUUUCUCCCAAGGUCCAGGGCCUACUGGAGACGUGGAAGCAGGAGGCCAAAUCCGUCGCUCUCGCCGCAACAAAGCCUCGUGAUGGCAGCAGAUGGACGGUGACUGCCGUGCUCUCCAUCUCGGACCCCAUCCGCGAGGAGACGCUCCCAGUGCUCGAGGCACUGCAGAAGCGUGGCGUCGAGGUGUGGAUGCUGUCAGGCGACAACGUGACGACGGCGCAAGCUGUGGCUCAGAGGGUGGGCAUUCCUGCAUCCAACGUGUUUGCGGAGGUGCUGCCCUCGGAAAAGGCGGCCAGGAUCAGCUACCUUCAAGCCUCGAUGAACAGCAACGGCCGCCGCCCCAUGGUUGCCAUGGUGGGCGAUGGCAUCAACGACUCGCCGGCGCUUACGACGGCAGACGUGGGCAUCGCCAUCGGGUCUGGGAGCGACGUGGCCAUUUCGAGCGCUGACUUUGUGCUGGCCACGUCGAAUCUGCACUCGGUGCUGACGCUCCUAGACCUCAGCCGCGUCGUCUUCCACCGGAUCAAGCUCAACUUUGGAUGGGCGGCUGUGUACAACGUGUGUGCCAUCCCCAUUGCGGCGGGAUGCCUGUAUGCCAUCAGAACGUCGAGCGGAUCCCACGUCAAGCUGGAUCCUGUGUGGGCAUCCUUGGCCAUGGCCUUGUCGAGCAUCAGCGUGGUGCUGAGCAGUCUGAGCCUGAGGACCAAGAUUCCCUGGCUCGGCUUUCGCAACAAGCAGAUUGUGUGAUGGCGUCAGGGCACGGGAUACCACGGGCUGUAUCUCUUUGGUCAGGAUCAUUAUGCGUUGAUAGUUUUGCAUUCAUCCAUAUAGUACUCUAGUCUAGUUUAAUCCAUCA